AUGUCUUCAUCGGAUUCUAAUACUGGUGAUGUAAAAAUCAAAACUGAAGUUCUACUGCCCAAUUCCACGCCUCAGGACACCCAACCUUCUCCUUUAGCUUUGUUAGCUGCUACUUGUAGUAAAAUUGGUGGUGUUAAUCAAGCGCAACAAAAUGAACAGCAAUCUGAUGGACAUUCAAAUCAAAGUAAUACAGUUGCUCAAGCCAUUCAAGCAGGGCAAAUUAGAGUGGUCAGUGCAGCUGUGCUGCAACAACUUCAAGAACAACAAAAUAGAUCACAAGCUCAAGGUCAAACACAGCCUCAAGUUAUAACUUUAUCUCAGUUACAAAAUUUUUUACCUCCACUUCAGCAGCAAACUUCAACAGCUUCAGAUACCCAACAAGAUGUUAAAGUUUUUACUUCAGCAUCCGGAAAUUCUAAUCAGUUACCUGGUGUGGUGUCUGUUCAGGGCUUACCGACUCAAUUGUUUCAAGCAUCAAACACUGGAAACCCGAAUGCUGGUUUUAAUGUUGUGCACCCAGUUCAAACUAUAAAUAUAGAUGGUCAAGAAGCCUUGUUUAUUCCUACAGCCAUGACAAAUUUAGGAGGUCAAUUCAUACCAGGUGGUCAAGUUGUUAGGCCGAACGUUCUGCAAACAAUUCAGCUUCCGAAUGGUCAAAGUUUAUCGGUAAGACCUCAAAUAAUGCAAAUGUCAGCUGUCCAGCAAACUGUUCCAGUUCAAGUUCCUAUUUCUUCUGCCAAUGGCCAAACUAUUUAUCAAACAGUUCACUUUCCACUUCAUGCAUUCGGUUCAAAUGUACCAGGGCUCUUUCAAACUGCAGGACAACCUGUUCAAAUGCUACCAGCAUUAACAUCUAUGUCAGCUGUACCACAGCCUCAAGUAGCUCAAAUCAUUACACCUUCUGGGCAAAUUCAGCAGAUACAAUUAACUCAAUUAGGUGGAGGCUUAGCAGGGUCUAAUGUAUUGCCUCAAACAAAUCAUGCUAAUAUAAUUACUCAAAGUUCUCAAUCAAAUCUCAUGCCCACCAGUCAACCCAAUGUGAUUGCUUCACAAGGAAAUCAAGGUAGCAUGAUUGCACAAACCAGUCAAAAUAAUAUGAUAAGUCAAGCUAACAUUCUUGGUCCAGCAAAUCAUUCAAAUUUGAUUACUCAGUCGCAACAAAUUAUAAGUUCGAGUAAUGCUUCCCAUGCUGCGACAACUACUUCUUGGUGUACCACAGCUACCCCGACACCUAGUGUAACUGUACAAACAAUAUCUGCCCCUACGAUUUUAAAUUCCGCAGAAUCUCAGCAACAGCAGCAACAACAACAACAACAACAGCAGCAACAACAGCAACAACAACAACAAAAUUUAUUGCACUCAUUAGGACUUACUCAACAAUUUACUUUAGCUGUACCAGGGUCUCAAAAUCAACAACCAGUAACUGUUAUUCCUGCUAGUAAUAUUGCCAAUUUGGCACAGGCAAGACCAAAUAUUGGUCUCAUUCAAACCUUUCUCGUACAAAACGUUCCAGGUUUGGGUCCGGUGCAAGUUAUACCUGCUAGCGCGUUUCAGUCUCAACAAACACAACCAUCUCAAACCAUACAAGGUCUACCUUUAGGUACUCAAAUAAUUCAAACUGGUCAACAGGUUCAAGAAGUUGUUGAUCCUCCCAAAUGGCAAAUAGUUACAGUACCUUCCAUUCCUGUAGCUAAUAAUAAUAAUCAAAAUAAUAUAUCUCAGUCAAUUAAUGACAUAUCUUUCAAUGAUGAAGAUGGGCCAAAACAAAAAAUUAGAAGAGUGGCUUGCUCUUGUCCUAACUGUGUCGAAAAUGAUAGAAAUAUGAGGGCUGGCGGUGAAAGAGUUUUAAAAAGGCAACAUAUAUGUCAUAUAGCUGGUUGCAAUAAAGUAUACGGGAAAACAUCUCACCUGAGAGCACAUCUCAGAUGGCAUUCUGGAGACAGACCUUUUAUAUGCACUUGGAUGUAUUGUGGUAAAAGAUUUACUCGAUCCGAUGAACUUCAGAGACAUAGAAGAACUCAUACGGGUGAAAAAAGGUUUCAGUGUCCGGAUUGUCAAAAGAAAUUCAUGCGAAGCGAUCAUCUUUCGAAACACAUAAAAACUCACCAAAAACAAAAAUUAAUGGAAGCUGCCACAUCGACAAUUUCCCUACUCACGGAAGAUUCUUCGAGCGAAGAAAAUAAAAUGAUGAUUCACGAUUUAAAUGGCGAAGGAGAUCACGAUUUAGUGUCACAUUCUGAAAAUACGUAA